CGUGUCGGUCGUGACUCGUGUAGGCAUAACUUUGCAAAGAAGCUCGAGUUCCUGUCACUGAUAUCAUAACGGUAACGUUAUCUGGUUAUGAUAAAUACGAGAUUCUGUACUACAUCAUGUCUUCACCAUUAACGGUGAAAUAAUUGCAGUAUAUCAUGGAGGAAGAAACCAAUCUGAUCAAGCCAAGUGUUUGUCAGAUAGAAAAUGAGGAAAUUAAUCUGUUUGGGAAGAGAGACGAUGAGGUUACGGCUUCUAAAAUCAAUCUUUAUGGAGAUAGAGAUAAUGAAAUUGAUUUUUAUCACAUCCAGAGAGCACCAUCUCCAGUUUUAAGCUUUGUGUCUAUGAAGAGUGACAGAUCAAUGGUUGAACCUCUUAAAUUCAGUGAUGAAGCAGAACCCUUUAACCUCAGAGAGGUAGACAGUGCAGCAUCUCCUCAACCAAGCUGUGUGUCAUUUAAGAGUGACAGAUCCAUGGUUGAACCUCUUAAAUUCAGUGUCAAAACCGGAUCCUCACACCCCAGUAUUUUAGAGAGAGAGGUAGACAGUGCAGCAUCUCCUCAACCAAGCUGUGUGUCAUUUAAGAGUGACAGAUCCAUGGUUGAACCUCUUAAAUUCAGUGUUAAAACCGGAUCCUCACAUCCCAGUAUUUUAGAGAGAGAGGUAGACAGUGCAGCAUCUCCUCAACCAAGUUGUGUGUCAUUUAAGAGUGACAGAUCCAUGGUUGAACCUCUUAAAUUCAGUGUUAAAACCGGAUCCUCACACCCCAGUAUUUUAGAGAGAGAGGUAGACAGUGCAGCAUCUCCUCAACCAAGCUGUGUGUCAUUUAAGAGUGACAGAUCCAUGGUUGAACCUCUUAAAUUCAGUGUAAAAGCAGAACCAUCACUCCCCAGUGGCAACAAGGGACAGGUAGUCAGGGAUCAUUUAUUUAAUCGAUCCGGGGUCUCUGAUUGUCCUCAGCACCCUGUAACUGCUGAGGGUAUUGGUGAGGUCUGCCUUGGCACUCAGGAACAUUUAAUGGAGCAGGUGACUGAAGAAACGUAUAAACCAGUAGAUGACAUCCUACAGAGAAUCAAAGAUAAUCAUAAAAUCAGCAUGAAGAACAAGUAUGAGAACUUAUUUGAAGGAAUUAAUUUACAACAAAAUAAAACCCUCCUGAACAGGAUUUACACUGAGCUGUAUAUAGUCGAGGGAGAGAAUGAAGGAGUAAAUGAAGAACAUGAGGUCGUGCAAAUAGAGAAAGCCAGAACCGAACGCUUACAAGGCACUGCAAUCAACUGCAAUGACAUCUUUCAACCCAUAACUGAACCGAGCUGUGAGAGAAAGAAAAAAGAUGAAGACAGGAAAAUAAAGACUGUGCUUACCAAAGGCAUUGCUGGAAUUGGAAAAACCGUCUCUGUGCAGAAGUUCAUUCUGGACUGGGCUGAAGGAAAAGCUAAUCAAGAUGUCGAUUUUCUAAUUGUUCUCCCAUUUCGAGAGCUAAAUUUUGUUAAAGAUAUCCAAUACAGCCUUCAUAGACUUUUGCUUGACUUCCACCCUGAACUUCGUGAGUUAGAUUCAAAUAUGUAUGGUUUGUGCUCGGUCUUGUUCAUCUUUGAUGGUCUGGAUGAAAGCCGAAUUACAUGGAAUUUUUCCAACACAGAGAAAGUUUCUGAUGUGUCUACAAUGUCAUCCAUUUGCACAUUGAUGUCUAACGUCAUCCAAGGAGAGCUGCUGCCUCAUGCUCGCAUCUGGAUAACAUCUAGACCGGCUGCUGCCAGUCAGAUCCCCUCUCUGUACGUCAGUCGUGUGACAGAAGUUCAGGGAUUCAACGACCCUCAGAAGGAGGAAUAUUUCAGGAAGAGAAUUACAGAUCAGGAUCAAGCUACCAUAAUCAUCUCGCACAUAAAGAAAACGAAAAGCCUUCACAUCAUGUGUCACAUACCGGUUUUCUGCUGGAUCACAAGCACCGUGCUUCAAAACAUCCUGCAAGAAGAUCACAGUGCAAAAAUCCCCAAAACUCUUACCGAAAUGUACAUACAUUUCCUGAUCAUUCAGAUCAGUUUGAAAAGACAAAAGUAUGAUAAGGGUGAUCUGAAAAAUGGGAAAGAUACAAAAUUCCUCUUGGAGUCAAAUAGCAAUGUGAUUUUGAAACUUGCUGAACUGGCUUUCAAAGCUCUGUUAAGUGGUAAUGUCCUAUUUUAUGAUGAGGAUCUUCGAGGGAGUGGUAUUGAUGUCAAGGAGGCUUCGGUGUAUUCUGGGAUCUGCACUGAGAUUUUUAGGGAGGAAUCAGUGAUAUAUUCGAGGACGGUCUACUGCUUUGUGCAUUUGAGCUUUCAAGAAUUUUUCGCAGCAGUUUAUGCAUUUUCCAACUAUUCACGCAAGAACACAGAUGCUCUGAAAAUGUUUCAGAAAAAGAAAGCAAGAGGAAAGAUCAGUUUCCAGUCCGGUGACGUUCCCCUCGAUGUGUUUCUGAAGGGUGUGACAAAUGAAGCCCUGAAAAGUAAAAAUGGACAUCUGGAUCUUUUUCUUCGAUUUCUUCAUGGCAUCUCCCUCGAGUCAAAUCAGAAGCUUCUCCAAGGUGUGCUGACACAUGUGGAGAACAACCCAGAAAGCUUCAAGAAAGUGAUCAAAAACCUCAGACAAGGUCAAAAACAGGACGUUAAGCCUGAACGAUGGAUAAAUCUCUCACACUGCUUGUUUGAAAUGAAGGACAGCUCUAUUCUUAAAGAGAUUCAAGAUAUUUUCAAAUCUGAAGGGAGAGUGAGAUAUCUUUCUUCUGCACAUUGUUCAGCUUUGGCUGAUAUGAUCCUAAUGUCAGAAGAUGUCCUGGAAGAGUUAAACCUCAAGAACUACAAAACAACAUCCAUGGAGGCUCAAAGGAGACUGAUACCAGCUAUGAGGAACUGCCGAAGAGCACAAUUGGCAGGCUUUAAUCUCACUGAGCAGGCAUGUGAAACUGUGGCUUCGGCGCUGCAGUCAGAAAACUCCCCUGUGAGAGAGCUGGACAUGAGUAACAAUGAUCUCCAGGAUUCAGGAGGGAAGAUGCUGUCUGCUGGACUGAAUAAUCCACAAUGUAAACUGGAGAUACUGAGAUUGAAAUGCUGUAAGCUCACCAUGCAGUCCUGUGAAAGUGUGGCAUAUGCUCUGCUAACAGCACAUUCAUGCAUGAAAGAGCUGGACCUGAGUUACAACGAUCUUCAGGAUUCAGGAGUGAAGAUGUUGUCUGCUGGACUGAAGAGUCCACACUGUAAACUGGAGAUACUGAGAUUGGCUGGCUGCAAGAUCAGUGAUCAGUCCUGUGAUACUCUGGCGAGAGUUUUAGCAUCAUUAAACAACAUGACAGAGCUGGACCUGAGUAACAAUGAGCUGCAGGAUUCAGGAGUGAAACUGCUGUCUGCUGGACUCAAGAGUUCACACUGUGAGCUUGAGAUACUAAGAUUGGCAAGCUGUAAUCUCACGGAUGAGUCCUGUGAAACUGUGGCAUCAAUUCUACAAGCAAAAAACUGUCACCUGAUAGAGCUGGACCUGAGUAACAAUGACCUACAGGAUUCAGGAGUGAAGCUCCUCUCUGCUGGGCUAAAGAGUCCUCACUGUAAACUUGAGAUACUGAGAAUGGCCAUCUGUAAUCUCACUGGCCGGUCCUGUGAACAUUUGGCAUCACUUUUACAAUCAGCAGACUCACUUUUGAAAGAGUUGAACCUGAACAAGAAUGAUCUACAGGAUUCAGGGGUGCAGCUGCUUUCUGAGGGACUACAGAGUUCAAACUGUAAACUGGAGAAACUGAGACUGUACGGGUGUUUUCUCACAGAGAGCAGCUGUUCUUUUCUGGCAUCGGCUCUGAUGUUAAACCCCUCACAUUUGAGAGAGCUGGACCUGAGCUGUAAUGGACCACGAGAGUUUGGUGGGACGUUGCUGGCUGAGAGACUAAAGGAUCCAACCUGCAAACUGGAGAAACUUAAUGUGGAACAUGAGGGGAAGUUCAGGAUUAUUGCAGGAUUACGAAAAUGUACCUGCAAGCUCACACUUGACCCCGACACCGCACACAGACAUCUUGCUCUGUCUGAGGAAGACACCAAGGUGACACACACAGAAGAGGAGCAGUCCCAUCCAGAUCAUCCAGAGAGAUUUGAGUGCUUUCCUCAGGUUCUGUGCAGAGAAAGUCUCUCUAAAUGUUGUUCAUGGGAGAUCGAAUGGAGUGGUAGGAGGGGCGUCUAUGUUUCAGUGUCAUAUAAAGGAAUCAGGAGGAAAGGAGAAAGUAAACAAUGUGAGUUUGGAUCCAAUGAAAAAUCCUGGAGACUUAUGUGCUCUGAUACUGCCUUUGACGCUUGGCACAAUAAUGAGAGGAUUAAAAUUCAUCCUCCUUCAUCCGCAUCUCGUUCUAAAAGAGUUGGUGUGUAUCUGGAUUGGCCGGCUGGCGCUUUGUCUUUCUACAGCGUCUCUGACACAAACAGACUCAUGACACAUUUACACACAUUUUACUCCACAUUCACUGAACCUCUCUGUGCCGGUUUUGCUCUUUAUUCUGGCUCCUCAGUUGCUCUUCAGUCUGUAUCAGAAUCAACCAGGAAGCCUACUGGUGUAGCUAUGAAUGCACUGUAGUCAUGACAGGUUAGUGCUUGUUAACCAGUUGUUUAGAACAAUGUAUAUAAUGUCUAUGGUACAGUCCAGAUGUUUAUACAUUUAGUUUUGUACAAAAUAAGUAUGUAUAGUUUUGUGAUGUGUGAAGGGAAAAUGGUUCAUUGUGUCUAUCACUAAGACACAUUCCAAAAACCAAUGUAAUAUAUGAUACUGUAUAAAAUUAUUUAAAUGUUAUAUAUAUAUAUAAGACAUCUCUUCUGUAAUCCAUACAGUAUUUAAAGAUAUUUUAAACCAUUUCAUGCUUUUUGUUUUAUAUGAUUCUUGCAUGUAAACUGGUUGGCUUUCCCACACAACUUGGGUUUGAGUUUAGCAAAUUAACUGUUUAGUGCCAUCUUUAUUUUUUUUUAUUAAAUAUAGAAAACAACAUUCAACUUUUUUUUAAAUGUGGUUUAUUUAGGCACUUCAAAUGUUAGGGCCAACACUCAGGGCAAGCACUGUAUUAGUUUUUGACAUAUAGUAACACAAUAAAAUAAAAUUAAUUAUUGUAACACAAUUUACAUUACUGUUUUCAGUUUUGGUUUAUUUUGUCAAUGGAAAUGUGCCAAACAAAGGUAGUGGCUGAAGGUGUUGUUUCAUGUUUUCGGUCUUUAUAUGUAUUUUUUGUAUUAUGUUAAUUUCCUGUUGUAGUCCUGUCAAUGGUCUUUGUGUUUUUUUUUACCUUUACGUUAUCUUCACAAAUACUGUAUCUUCUGGUUGAGGUAAAAUAGAUCUGGGCAUUGUUGUAAAAAUGUAGCAUAUUGAACACAAAAGUAAAAACACGGGUUUAGUUUUUUCUUUCAAUCUUCACUUUCUGUCUAUGAUCUGUCUUAUGAAGCAUUCUUGGGUUCCUGAAAGGGGCAGUAUGAAUAAAACGCAUUAUUAUUAUUAUUA